AUGUCCAUCCAACUCUCGUCAUCCAACAUCUUUCCCGAGGACUACCGCGGCCGCUUGGCGGAGGGCGCAACGUACGACGCGCGCAACAACACCUUGUUAUGGGUCGACAUCAUCGUGGGCGAAGUGCACCGGGUGUAUCUAGCCGACUUGAACAAGCACGAAGUGUUGAAGUGGUCCGAGCCGAAAGAGUCGAUUGGGUUCAUUGGCUUGACCAAGAACCCCGACGUGGUGCUCGUGUGCGGCAAAUCCGGACUCGCGAAGGGAGAUUUCGCAUCCAACACCAUCGAGUAUUUCUUCAUGUAUCCACUUAGCGCUAGGGAGAAGGAGAGAUUGAGGUCGAACGAUGGGAUCAUUGACCCGUGGGGCCAUUUGUGGAUUGGGCUCAUGACCGAUUUCGACGUGAGUGCCGCCGAGGGCGGUGUGAAGCCGGAGGGGAAGUUGUUGCGUAUCACGCUGGACUUGCAGCAGGUGGACGUGAUGCUAUCCAACACGCUAAUCUCGAACGGGUUAGCGUUUUGUAACAAGGGCACCAAGUUCUACUGGACGGACUCCAUGGAUUUCACAAUAUGGAAGUUUGAAUACAACCACGAGCGCAAUGAGCUAUCGAAUAAAACGGUGUUUCUAGAUACCAGGACCAUUUUUCCGGGGGUUGACGAUGCUGAGCCUGAUGGAAUGGUGCGCACUGCUACGGGAGAGAUCUACGCUGCUGUCUUUAACACGGGCACCAUUGUGCAUGUCGAUAAACAGGGCAACUUGAUUGAGAAGAUCCAUGUGCCUGCUGCCAAGACCACCUGCGUCACCAUUGGAGGCCAGGGCGGCAACGAGUUGUUCAUCACUACGGCAAAUGAGAAAAUGGACGAUUUCGACGCCAAGAUCGACAACGCUGCUUUGUUUGGCGACCUUGGUGGCUUCUUGUUCAGGUACCAGGCGGCCGUGGACCUCAAGGGCCAAGCGCAGAAUAUCUGGGGUGGCGAUGUAUAA